CCAUAAUACAGGCAGGGAUGCAAAAGUACGGAGCUGCGUGCAGCUGUAUAUGCAUAUUGGAGUUAUUAUACGUGAUAUUACAUUAUGUUGGAAAAACCGUCCAGUACGGAUAAUCAGUUAUCCAAAGAAGAUUAUUUGAUAAUGAGAGCUAAGAAGGCAUUACCAGUCGACAUUUAUGCCGCUAAAUCAUGGUUGAUCAGCAAAUCUUUAUUUCCACAUAGUGCAAAAGUUCAGUUUGAGGCAUAUCGUAUUGAGAAAUUGUCAAAAAAUGUAAAAGAAGCUGCAAAAUGUUUCAGUGAAAUAUUUCAAAAUUUUCCGGAUGAUCGUGACAUAUGGAAAGAGAUAGAAACAGUAACAACGUGUCUUCGUUUAGAACAAUGCGAUAGCGAGGCAGAAUUUUUAUGCCGAAUGUUCCAACAUAUUCCACAGGAUCUACAACAUAGAUUGCUCGUAAUGACAGCAGAUCAUAGCGAAGAUACAAUGGAACAUUGUAAAUUAUUGCUAUUAUUAUUGCGCAAGUUUCCUCAAACUAUUGCAACUCAUGGAACACGUUUGGUGGAAACUCUCUUAACAGCAGAGAAGCAUAGUCAUCCAGGUCGAGCCGUGAAUGGUUUCAGAAGAUUAUUGGCAUGUGAAGCAUUGCCACUGCUUGGUGGUGCUGUAGUAGAAUUGAAUCCACGUCUUAGUUUACGAUUGCUAUGUAAGGCUGUGGAAUUUUAUUUAGCGUACAUACAACAGCCACAAGAUACACAAAUUCAAAAUCCAUGGGACAGACUCUUUCAAAUCGUGGAGUUAAUAGGCAAGAAAUUAGGAUGGGAACUGAGUGGUUUAUUUGCUACACCUUGGAGUCGAGAAGCAUACAGCGAUAGACUGCAGCAGUACGCAAUUGUACACAGCACUGGUUUGUGCGAUGAGCCGAUUGUCAGACAAUUAUUAAUGUGUACAAUUGUAGUAUUAUUAAGAAUAUUGAAUGAGCAUAACACUCUUAUGAAUAGUGAAGAAACAAUGUAUUGCCUCGUAGAAGCUUUUGGGGAAGGAAUAUAUUCCUCUGCAGAAUCCAAAAUAAAGAAGCGAAAGCGGGAUGAUAAUGCUGGAAUAAUAAUCACUAGCGAUAGUGAUUAUAAUGGCAAUGGUCUAGCAUUGGCAGUAAAGUUAUGGGAUUUAUUGCACAGCAGUGAUUAUCUUCAAAGAGAGAUAACCAAACUGAAUCAACAAUUGCGGUUAGAUAACUGGCUGAAUCUCUUCUUAACAGAUUUAGCAAUGUAUAAAAGUUUACAUCAUGAAGUAUUGGCUAGAUUAUCAGAAGGGGGUAGUUUAUCUGCUAAUCUUCGUUCAGCCAGUACAUGCUUCUUUUUGAAAGAUUAUAAGGGUAUGUUGGAAUAUAUCGUUCUGGUAGCGAAUUCAUUACCUGCUGCAUCGGGCAAAGUAUCUCACAAUCUGACAGUCCCAAGCAUGAGGCAUUUACAUUAUUUAACUCUUGCCCGUUUCCCUAUUUUACAAUACUGUUGCAGAUUACUUCUUUUAGCUAUAAAGGAUAAUUUUUCUUUACCCGGAAAUAUUGGAGAUCUGGCUAUUGGACAUGCAUUGGUUCUCAUGCAGAUAGAUUGGCCACAAGAAGCUAGUACUUUGACUACAAUAACAGAACGAAUUCUCAAUCGUGGAAGUUUUACUUAUCCAUUAUUCCAAGCAUAUGUAAUAUGUGUAGACAUUUUAGAAGAAUUAACAUAUUUAUGGACCGAACAUGGCGGAGGAGUAUCAUUGGACAUAACUACAAGCGCGGGAAUUAUACAAAAUCGUCGUAUUGCUACCCGUGGCGCUGAUAAAGGGGUACGUGAAGAAUUAAAGCAAGCAAUGCGUCGACAAGCCGCGCGGGAUGGCAUUGAUCCUUUAGACGAAUUGUUACAAAAAUUUAUUGUCUCUGAAAAGGGCGCUAUUUUGCAUAGCUUAAUCAUUCAAUGAAUUAAUUUCAAAUCUCAACAUAUAUGGUUAUAUAAUUUAUACAAUAUUUUUAUAUCAAGUUUUUUGAAACAAUUACUGAUACACUCAUAACUUAAUUGUUUCUGAGUUUUAUUUAGCAAUAACAAUUACGAUAUUUUGUAAAUUAUUUAUAAAGAUUUUAUAGAAUUUAAUAUACAAAUCUAUACAAUAUUAAAAGA